CGAACAUCUAGAAUCUCUUAUGUCUAAGGUUAAAAUUCUCGAAGAUAAAGGAUUGUCGGCCUCAACAUCGAACUCAGAGCAUUUGAUUAAUGACCUGCGUAUUCUUUUGGAACAUGCUUAUCGUUUGCGUGAACAGUACAAGCAACAGUUGGUUCACGAUGAAAGUUAUCCACAAGAAUCAGUGGGGUCUUCAACGACUUCCCAGGAAGAUACCUCCUCGUUCUUUUCUGCUUCUGAACAACUAGACUUAACAGAGCUAGAACUUUUAAUGCAGUUUAACGUACGUAGGCCGCUUUAUUACAAUGCUUUGAAGUUGUUAAACGAAGGUGAAGUUCCAUACCGUUCUCUUCGAACGCAAUUCGUGGGGUGUGAACUUGACAUUGAAUAUCUAGGCAAGGUCCACUGCCUUCGUCAAGCAUUCGACUAUAUUUUUGACUGUCAUGAACCCACUGACUGGUUUAUCGAGGUUGGGAAGCGUAAUGUAUGUCGUUUACUUCAUUGCCUUGGGUAUCCCUUGACGGAUUUUGAAGGGAAUUAUGAUCGUCUUAUGGAGUUCAUUAUUUCUCAAAAAAAUAAGCCAAACAAUAUGAUGGCUGAGGAACUAUUCGCUAAAGGUGUAAAGACGAUCAAUUUUUAUGAUGUCGUCAUUGAUCUAAUGCUUCUAGAAGCCUUUGAAUUAUUAGCUAAUCCACCUAGUUCUGUAUUAUCUGUCACUAGACAUAAGUGGUUAAGUGAUAAUUUUAAACGUUGCGCUCUUGAUUCAACUGUUUGGACUAUUCUAUUGGCUAAACGGAAAUUAUUAAAAUAUCCAGAUGGGUUUUAUGCACACUAUUAUAGUAUGGUUGGUACAGUUUUGCCUGCAUUAGCUUGGGGUUUUCUUGGACCAAAUGAAAAUUAUUUUCAUAUUUGUGAUCGUUUCCGUGAAAUUAUUAUAUCAUUUAUUCGUGAAUCAUUUAUAUGUUAUGAUGCAUCAACAUCAUCUACAUUGGCAAGAAUCUCCUGUUCAAAUGGUUUACCAUUAUAUUUCAGUGAACAUUCCAUAAAACAUGAUAAAUUUGAUAAAAGUAUUUUCAAUAAUUAUUCACUAGAUGAAAACUUUAUGAAUUCUACCAUUGAUUCAAAUGAUAGUAAUCAUGAUUAUAAUAAUCGUAACAGUGGUGAUGAUAAUAGUAGUGCGGGUACUACUAUAUCUGAAUCUGGUCCUACAAUAGUGUAUCAGUCAGAUCAGUUACCACAAACUAUCUCACCGAAUACAAUUCAUCGUCAAAUUGGUUUACGUUAUACAACUGUAGAAGAUUUAGCAAAUGAUUUAUAUAAAUUAAUUAAUGUUUAUUCUCAAGAUUUAUUAAACAUGUUCAUUGACGAACUGAAAUUAUCUGAAAAUACGCUACCAUUUGAAUUGGAAUCGAAUCCUGUCCAACCGAUACUAUGUCGUAGAGUUGAAUAA